UGUAAAGAGGACCGGUUACUUCAACAGUUCCUGCGUUCCAGCAUCUCUUCAUUUGUUUCCAUUUAAUAAAUAAGAAGUUUGUAAUGCCACUGCUGCCGAGAGUAGAAACUCAAAGAAUCUGAUGAUAUUUCUGCGUUUCGUCGGUGUCGGAGGAUCUAUCUUUGGUUAAUUUUGCUCCGAUCUACUUGCAGCUUAACAAAAUGGAUUCAGCUAAAAAUGGAAAAAGCAUUACUCGAAGUCAAGAAGAACAAGGAACGUUGCCCCUAAAAUGUUCUAAUACAAAGAAUCAAUUCAGUCUUUAUAACAUCACUUCACAGGGAGAAGUACUAAAUGUUGAGCAUCCCCAAAAUAUAUUUGUGAAGUUCCUCAGCGCGAACAGUAGUUUUUCAUCUUAUUUAAAGCCUUGGAGGUUAUGGGAUCAAACAGGAGAAGCUUCUGGUUCAGUUCCUUCAAUAAAUUCUAGUCCCUCCAAACACUUUCCAAUCCCCUUUAUCAGAAAAAUAAACUGGGAUAUUUUGUGGGUUAUGUACAAAAUUUGGAUAAAAAAACCUAUAAACAUGGCUCUUUUUAUCUGGUUAAUAGGUGUUGCUAUUUCUGGUGCCAUCCUAUUUAUGGUCAUGACUGGAAUGCUAAAUAGUGUUUUACCAGAAAAAUCCCAACGGGACCUAUGGUUUGAAGUCAGUAAUCAAUUCUUGAAUGCUCUAUUCACACUUAUGUGUCUUUAUCAACAUCCGAAGCGAUUCCAUCACCUAGCACUUUUGUUCCGCUGGAAAGCACAGGAUGUUCUGAGGCUUAGAAUAAUAUAUUGUAAAAAUGGAAUGCAGAAGUUUAAUGAGAAGAUGCAUAUUUUUGUUGUUGUUCUCUUUCUCCAUCUGAAUUGUUUUGCCCAAUAUGAAUUGUGUGUUCUCAAUUUAAGCUACUCCAGAUCAAACCGGCCUGUUGCUGGAGUGGCCAUUGGCACGGUCAUUUCGUUUAGUUCAGCAGCUAUUGCUAGUCUGUACAGCAUUCUAAGUCCAAUUGGUAGAGAAUAUGCAGCAGAAACUGAUCAAGAGUCACGUAGUCAGAUUUCCAUUUCUUCUGAAGAGACAAUUGACCCUUUUAUGUUGAAAGACCGAAGAUUUGUUGAAGCGCCGCAAUGGAUUGGGAGGCUCUUUGAUUUCUGGGAUGAUGUUUGCUUAGCUUACCUCUCAAUGUUCUGUGGCUGCUGUUUGUUUGGAUGGAACAUAGAACGGCUUGGUUUUGGCAACAUGUAUGUUCACACAUUGACUUUCCUCUUGUUUUGUCUUGCCCCUUUCUUCAUUUUCAACUUGGCGGCCAUUAAUAUCGAUAAUGAAGCAGUUCGAGAGGGAUUGGGCAUCAUAGGUGUUGUAAUUUGUGUUUUUGGUUUGUUGUAUGGUGGUUUUUGGAGGAUUAAGAUGAGGAAGAAAUUUAAUCUUCCUUCAAAUCAUUUAUGUUGUGGUAAGCCAGAUAUUACAGACUGUUUUCUGUGGCUUUUUUGUUGCCCAUGCUCAUUAGCACAGGAGGUUAGGACUGCUGAUUACUAUGAUGCGAUCGAGGGUAAGUUUUUCAUGAAGAAAAAUAUUGAUGAUGACAAGUUUGAGUUGGCUCCUUUGCCUCGGGAAAAUGGAUCUAUGAUUUUUAAGUCUUGCAAUGACUCUCCUUAUUGGCAGACCUCCAGUCCAUCCAUUUUAAGGAUGGAAUGAGCAGAAAAUUACAGCAGUUUUCCUGAAU